CAAAACAGCAAUCGUCCAAAGUCCUUCCUUCACUCCAAUCCCUUGCUCAGUCAAAGUCUUCCCUUUCAUCCUCUUCUUCCUCCUCAUUAACUUAUUUUAAGAACCCAUCACUCUGAUAACAGUGCCUGCACCUGCAACUCACUCAGAAAUGGAACUCCGAUCUCUGAUUUUCCCUCUUUUCUUCUCCUUUCUCUUCUCCAUUUCCGCUGCUCAAAUUACGCCCGGCUCCUCCCUGUCUGCUUCUAACCCAAACCAGACUUGGCUUUCCCCCAACACCACAUUUUUUGUGGGAUUUGUCCAGGUGGAUUCUGGCUAUGUCGCCGCCAUUAACUACUUUGGUGGUGUGCCAAUCUGGACCGCUGGUGGCCCUUCCGUUUCCGUUGAUUUUGAUGGAGCCUUUCAUUUCCGCUCUAAUGGUACUCUCCAACUCGUCAACGGCUCUGGUGCUGUCGUCUGGGACUCCAACACUAGCCAUCUUGGUGUGACCUCUGCCUCGCUGGAUGAUUCCGGCAAUUUAGUCCUUCGUAAUCGCAGUGGUUUUUCGGUGUGGUCGAGUUUUCAGAAUCCCACGGAUACCAUAGUCCCAGGUCAAAAUUUCACGGUAAAACAAGUUCUUAAAUCUGGUAUUUACUCAUUUCAGCUUCGUAAUUAUGGAAAUCUCACGCUGAGAUGGAAUGAUAGCAUAGAUUACUGGAAUCAAGGUUUGAAUUCAUCUGUUGGUUCUAAUUUGAGUUCGCCAGUUCUGGGAUUGCAGCCAAUUGGGAUUUUAUCCAUUUCUGAUUUGACUUUAACUAGUGCAUAUAUUGUGGCUUAUAGUAAUGAUUAUGCAGAAGGCGCUGACAUAUUGAGGUUUUUAAAGUUGGACAGUGAUGGGAAUUUGAGGAUUUAUAGUUCUGCUUUAGGUAGUGGAAUAACAACUAUGAGAUGGGCAGCUUUGGCUGAUCAGUGUCAAGUUUUUGGAUAUUGUGGGAACUUGGGGAUUUGUAGUUACAAUGAUUCGGGUUCGAAUCCCAUUUGUGGAUGUCCAUCUGAGAAUUUUGAGCCUGUUGAUGUGAAUGAUAGUAGAAAAGGGUGUAAAAGAAAGGUGGAGAUUGAGAAUUGUCCUGGGAGUGCAACUAUGUUGGAGAUGGAUCAUGCCAAGUUCUUGACCUACCAGCCUGAGAUAUCCUCUCAGGUUUUCUUUGUGGGAAUAUCAGCUUGUAGGUUGAAUUGUCUUGUUGGAAGUUCUUGUGCUGCCUCAACAUCUUUGUCGGAUGGAACUGGGUUGUGUUACUUAAAAACAUCAGACUUUGUUAGUGGUUAUCAGAACCCAUCACUUCCUAGUACUUCAUAUGUCAAGGUUUGUGGACCGGUGAAACCAAACCCUACACCUAAUUUGCAAAUUGAUGGAAAUAGCAAAAGUAGACUUCGGGUUUGGCUUCUUGUUGUUGUUGUUGUGGUUACCCUUGUUGGUUUGGUUGCUAUAGAGAGUGGUAUGUGGUGGUGGUGCAGUAGAAAUAGUCCCAAAUUUGGCAGUUUGUCAGCUCAGUAUGCACUUCUUGAGUAUGCCUCUGGUGCGCCUGUGCAGUUAUCGUAUAACGACCUGAAUCGUGCAACAAAGGGAUUCAAGGAGAAGCUUGGUGCGGGAGGAUUUGGAGCUGUUUAUAAAGGCAUUCUUGCUAAUACAACAGUAGUUGCAGUUAAGCGGCUUGAGGGAAUUGAGCAGGGUGAGAAACAGUUCAGGAUGGAGGUUGCUACUAUAAGUAGUACUCACCAUUUGAAUUUGGUGAGAUUGAUUGGAUUUUGUUCUGAGGGACGGCAUAGGCUCUUGGUCUAUGAGUUCAUGAAAAAUGGGUCACUUGAUAAUUUCCUUUUCACUCCAGCUGAGCAGUCAGGGAAAUUGUUGAGCUGGGAGCAAAGAUUUAACAUUGCCCUUGGUACUGCAAGAGGAAUCACAUAUCUUCAUGAGGAAUGUCGAGAUUGCAUUGUUCAUUGUGAUAUCAAGCCAGAAAACAUCCUCUUAGAUGAGAAUUACAAUUCCAAGGUGUCAGAUUUUGGUCUUGCGAAGCUCAUAAAUCCUAAAGAUCAUAGGUAUAGAACUCUCAGAAGUGUAAGAGGGACAAGAGGGUAUUUGGCACCGGAGUGGCUUGCGAAUCUUCCCAUAACUUCCAAAUCUGAUGUUUACAGUUAUGGUAUGGUUUUAUUGGAGCUAGUGAGUGGAAGAAGGAAUUUUGAGGUCUUCGAAGAAACAAAUCGGAAAAAGUUCUCUGUGUGGGCUUAUGAAGAGUUCGAGAAGGGUAAUGUGAAUGCCAUUGUGGACAAAAAGCUUGAUGAUCAAGAUGUGGAUAUGGAGCAAGCAACAAGGGCAAUUCAGGUGAGCUUUUGGUGUAUCCAAGAGCAACCAUCUCAUAGGCCAAUGAUGGGAAAAGUAGUGCAAAUGCUAGAGGGAAUAACAGAGAUUAAGAAACCACCCGCUCCGAAGGCAACAACUGAAGGCUUAGCUUUUGGCACAAGCAUCAACAUGAGCAGCAAUGGCAGUACUUUCUCAACCUUUGCAGCUUCAGCUUCUGCCCCAGCUCCGUCAUCAUUUUCCUCAUAUCAGACUACUGGAGUUUCGCCUUUGCCUUUGGGGAGGAAUAUGGAGGGGGCAUCUUCAUCACCAUUGGGUUCUGACCUUAACUGAAACACCUUUUCAUACUUGCAAUUCAUUCACAACACUGAGAACCCCGCAGCCCCAAAACUUUUGCCGGUGAAAUAUAAAUACAAUACAUGAUCAUGAUAUAAUCUUUGUAAAAUGUUGUUCUUAUUCUAAAGUGUAAUAUAUAAAUUUGUAGGAUUGAGGCUUUUUCUUCACCAGUUUUCUUGUUUAUACAAUUUCAUUCCAAAUAUAAUGCUUUUUUGCUCA